AUGGCGGCUGCCGCCGACGCCGGCCUCGACGUGGCGGCCGUGGAAAGUUUCCUAGAGAGGCACCCAGAGCUGGUAGAGAAGUGGCUGAAGAGGAAGAACUCGCUCCCUAAAGCGCCUGCCGCCCCCGCCGCCGGCCCGUCGGAGGAGCGGCGGAGCAGCGGCGGCCCCGGCGGCGGCUGGGGCAGCGCGGGCGGCCCCGGCGGCCCCGGCCCCGGCCCCGGCGGCGGGGGGCUGCAGCGGCGAGCCUCCCAGAAGGAGCUGCGGAAGAGCUUCGCCCGCUCCAAGGCCAUCCACGUCAACCUCACCUACGACGAGCAUGUGCACGCCCGGGCGCAAGAGCCGCUGAGCAGCGUGCGGCGGCGGGCGCUGCUGCGGAAGGCCAGCUCCUUGCCCCCCACCACCGCCCACAUCCUCAGCGCCCUGCUGGAGUCCCGCGUCAGCCUGCCCCAGUACCCCCCCACCGCCCUGGACUACAAGCGCUACCUCAAGGAGCACAACGAGCGCCAGUUCUUCCUGGAGCUGGUCAAGGACAUCUCCAACGACCUGGACCUCACCAGCCUCAGCUACAAGAUCCUCAUCUUCGUCUGCCUCAUGGUGGAGGCCGACCGGGGCUCCCUCUUCCUCGUGGAGGGGGCCGCCGCCGGCAAGAAGAGCCUGGUCUCCAAGUUCUUCGACGUGCACGCCGGCACCCCGCUGCUGCCCUGCGGCUCCACCGAGAACAGCAACGAGGUGCAGGUGCCCUGGGGCAAGGGCAUCAUCGGCUACGUGGCGGAGCACGGAGAGACAGUCAACAUCCCCGACGCCUACCAGGAUCGCCGCUUUAAUGAUGAGAUUGACAAACUGACUGGAUACAAGACAAAGUCACUCUUGUGCAUGCCCAUAAGAAACAGUGAUGGAGAGAUUAUUGGUGUUGCCCAAGCAAUAAAUAAGACUCCUGGAGGUGCCCCUUUUUCUGAUGAUGAUGAAAAAGUGAUGCAGAUGUAUCUCCCAUUCUGUGGGAUUGCUAUAUCCAAUGCCCAGCUAUUUGCAGCUUCAAGGAAGGAGUAUGACAGAAGCAGGGCUUUACUGGAAGUAGUGAAUGACCUCUUUGAGGAACAGACUGACUUAGAGAAAAUUGUCAAGAAAAUUAUGCAUCGGGCCCAGACUCUGCUGAAGUGUGAACGGUGCUCAGUAUUGCUUCUGGAAGAUAUCGACUCACCAGUGGUGAAAUUUACAAAAUCCUUUGAGUUGUUAUCUCCAAAAUGCAGUGCUGAUACUGACAACAGUUUCAAAGACAGCAUGGAGAAAUCAUCAUCUUAUUCCGACUGGCUAAUAAAUAAUAGCAUUGCUGAACUCGUAGCUUCCACGGGUCUCCCAGUGAACAUCAGUGAUGCCUAUCAGGAUCCUCGCUUUGAUGCUGAAGCUGACCAGAUUUCUGGCUUUCACAUAAGGUCUGUUCUGUGUGUUCCUAUAUGGAAUAGCAACCACCAAAUAAUUGGGGUAGCUCAAGUGUUGAACAGGCUUGAUGGGAAACCCUUUGACGAUGCCGACCAGCGACUGUUUGAAGCUUUUGUUAUUUUUUGUGGCCUGGGCAUCAACAACACAAUUAUGUAUGACCAAGUGAAGAAAUCCUGGGCAAAACAGUCUGUGGCUCUUGACGUGUUAUCUUAUCAUGCAACAUGUUCGAAGGCAGAAGUUGAUAGAUUUAAGGCAGCAAACAUCCCUCUGGUGUCAGAGCUUGGCAUUGAUGAUAUCCAUUUUGAUGACUUCUCGCUUGAUGUGGAUGCCAUGAUUACUGCAGCCCUGCGGAUGUUCAUGGAACUUGGAAUGGUUCAGAAAUUUAAAAUUGACUACGAGACACUGUGUAGGUGGCUUUUGACGGUUAGGAAGAAUUAUCGAAUGGUUUUGUAUCACAACUGGAGGCAUGCUUUCAACGUCUGCCAGCUAAUGUUUGCCAUGUUAACUACUGCAGGAUUUCAGGAGAUUCUAACUGAAAUUGAAAUUUUAGCUUUGAUUGUGGGAUGCUUAUGUCAUGACCUUGACCACAGGGGAACCAACAAUGCCUUCCAAGCCAAGAGCGGAUCAGCCUUAGCUCAGCUCUACGGCACCUCUGCUACCUUGGAGCACCACCAUUUCAAUCAUGCUGUCAUGAUUCUCCAAAGUGAGGGUCACAACAUCUUUGCUAAUUUGUCCUCUAAGGACUACAGUGACCUUAUGCAGCUUCUAAAGCAAUCAAUACUGGCAACAGACCUCACUCUGUAUUUUGAGAGAAGGACCGAGUUUUUUGAACUUGUCAGUAAAGGUGGUUAUGAUUGGAAUAUAAAAAACCACCGAGAAAUAUUUCGAUCAAUGCUAAUGACAGCCUGUGACCUUGGAGCUGUGACCAAACCGUGGGAGAUUUCAAGACAGGCAACUGAGCUGGUAACCAGUGAGUUCUUUGAACAAGGAGACAGAGAAAGAUCUGAACUCAAACUCACCCCUUCAGCCAUUUUUGAUCGGAACAGGAAAGAUGAACUACCCAGGUUGCAGCUCGAGUGGAUUGAUAGCAUCUGCAUGCCAUUGUAUGAGUGCCUAGUGAAGCUGAAUGUGAAACUGAAGCCUAUGCUGGACUCCGUGGCAGUAAAUAGAGGUAAAUGGGAGGAGCUGCACCAAAAAAGACUUCCUUCUCAGGUGGCAUCCUCGUCCUCCUUUUCCUCUAGCUUCACCAUGUCUCUCAAAGACAUAAAUUAA